CCUUCAAAAUAGAUACCUAUUUACGUCUUCACAUUUAGAGACUAGUUGUUUUCGACCAACAAUGCCACUGAAAUUAUAUUUCCAUACAAACGUAAUUUUUGCAACCAGGAUGAAGAUACUAGUCUAUUCCUAAUGUAGACAUCGUGAACUCUCGGGGGUAAACAUUAACCCACUGCAAGUUGAACUCUCCACAGAUCAGGACACAACACCAUGUCAGGUAUUGGAAGGCUUUCUACCAACGGCUCGGUGCUGUUGCUGUGUGACAUGCAGGAGAAAUUCAGGCCCAAUAUCUUCCAGUUCACCAACAUAGUCAGCAAUGCUGCACGAUUGCUUCAGGCCAGUCGUAUCCUGGGAAUCCCCCCCAUUGUCACUGAGCAGUACCCCAAGGGCUUGGGCCCCACAGUGCCAGAGCUCGGUGCAGAAGGGCUCACAGCACAUGCCAAGACCAAGUUCACCAUGAUGACGGAGGAGGUGGAGAAGGAGAUGCUCGCUCUGGGGAACCCCAAGCAGGCCAUCCUCUGUGGGAUCGAGACCCAGGCGUGUAUUGCGUGCACAACCUUUGACCUUCUAGAGAAGGGAAUAGAGGUCCACAUCGUGGCAGAUGCCGUCUCCUCCAGAAGCCAGACGGACCGUCUGUUCGCCCUCUCUCGUCUGAGGCAGAGUGGGGCUUUCCUCACCACCACCGAGGCCGUCCUGCUGCAGCUGGUCCAAGACGCCAAACACCCCAAAUUCAGGGAGAUACAAAAGCUGAUGGCCCAACCUUCUCCCGAUACUGGCCUGCUUGCGUUCUUCAGCUCCCUGUAGAGAAUCCAACCAGUCAUCAAACACUGUUUAUAACCUAAGCAAUAAAAUGCUGCUAUUUGAACCUGUCCUUUAUUUGUUUGAACUCAACGUUAAUAUCUAAAGCUAGUAAAUAGCAAAAAAUUAAGAACCGGUCUUCUUGGUUGAUCGUUUGAGGUAGUUAUGAAAGAGUGUACCAUAAAGAGCAUAGCUCUAAGCUGAAGAGCUUCAUAAUAUCAUUUACAGGGGUCCUAAACACUAAACUUUUCAUGAACAGUCCCGAGUCCUACAUGACACAUUGCCCCAACACCAGACAACCAGACGAGCCAAUCAAACAUCCUUUGUGUUUUUCUUUUUAUUUGAUAAAUUUCUUUUGAUCUUUUUUUUUUAUUUUACUUUUCAAAUGUGAAUGUUCACAGUCAACACCACACAUAGUUAAAUCUUACCCGAUAAAAGAUUUUCUUUUCACUGAUAUAAAAUAAAUUCAAACUAAAUUAAAAGAACAGCAUGGAGCAUGU